AUGUCCAUGAAGCAGGUAGGGCCAAUUGCGCGUGCAUGGUUCAAGUGGAAGGCCCUCCGUCUACCAUGGCGGAAGCGUUUCUUUGUAGGCUCUGAUCUUCGCGGCAACACCUACUGGGAGUUUCGGCUGACGAGCCGCGCUGCCGUCGACACGGCGACCUCGCACAGCGAACGCUGGCGUCGCAUCGUCCACUACCCGCGCUCGACUCACUACUCGGACGUCGUGGAGCCGCCCUCGCUCGAGGAACAGCGCGCCGACGUGGUGCGCCAGGAGCGCGUAAAAGUGCUCGCCGCCGAAGCCGACGCUCGCUGGGAGGCCAAGCCCCGCGUCAUGGAGGAUCCUGGCGCAAGAGCAGCGCUGUCGACAGCAGACGGAACGGCCACACAUCGAAGCGGACCGAACGAAGGCGAGGUCGAAGGCGAGGUCGAAGGCGAGGACCAGCCGGAGGGUCAGCGAGAAGGUUGGCCCGAGCACCGGCCAAAGGACCAACGAGCCGCUGGCAAAGAUGACCCGUGGGCCAGGGCGAGGAGAGCUGAGGGGCCGAGCGAGAACUGGAAGCCGGCGGCUUGGAGUCCGGCACCGGCCAAAAAGCGGUAA